GGAGAGUGGGGUGUGGUAAUCAAUGUUUAAAACCAACAGCCCAUCCCUCUCUUCCUCACUCCCUCUCUCUCUCUUUCUCUGACUGUCCAACUCCUCGCACAACUUCGUCACCAUGUCAAAGGUCCAGCAGGGUAUGGCAUUGCUCAUCUCAGCCUUCCACAAGUACUCUGGCAAGGAGGGCGACAAGACGACCCUGAGCAAGGGAGAACUCAAAGAUCUGCUCAAUGCUGAGCUUGGAGAGAUCAUGGGGAAAAACACUGACCAGGCAAAGGUUGACAAGAUCUUCAAAGAUCUGGACGCUAACUCAGAUGGCAUUGUGGACUUCCAGGAGUACGUCACACUGGUGGCAUGCCUGACCAUGGUGUGCAAUGAGUUCUUCACCAAGAAGUGAAACAGCUCCCCCUGCCCACUCUCCACAGAACAGCAGCUCUUGCUCCAUGAGUGAAUUCAUGAUAAGAUUAGCAAGAUCCUCAAUGCAGGUUCAGAGGGACAGAGAUGCAGGUUUACACACAUACACAAAAAAAGGGUUGGGUUGAUUAUACACACCACACAUAGACAGGUGGACACAGACACUGACCUGUACACAUACAGACAUAUAGGCUACAAUCUCAUGAGAUGGAGAGGAAGCUCUUUGUUUUGUUUAAAGUGAAAAACAAAAUAAACUAUUUUAAUAUG